GAAAUCAAGGAGAAAAGCCAAGAUUGAAAACAGACGCAGGCAGUCCGCUGCGGAGAGCUGUGGGGGAGAGCACCGCUCUCCACCGGAGUCCUUCAAUGCUUUCAGACGCCAGUCACUCCUUUCAGGCUUUUGUUUUUUUCCCAGAUACUGGGCAUUUAUUAUAAUUUCAUUCUCUCUUUUAGUCAUCUGCAUGAAUCUUCCCCCUGAAAAGGUCUGAGGAAUUAGUGAUUAACUGCUUUCUGCUGGACGAAGACGCGGCAGAGCUUGCCAGAACUUUCUUUCCUUUAGCGUUUUUCAUCUCCUUCUUUUGGGUUGUUUUUUUGGAGGAGCAGAGGGAGUCCGUUGCUACUGUUGCUAAGGGGGGGGAGCCUGUCCUCUUCUCUUACGUGUGUGUCGGACAUCGUGAGGUUCAGGGCUGACAUCCACUUGCAGAGUAAGUCCGACUCGCGCCGAAUCUCUCUCUCCGUCUUGAAAGUUGACUACGGACGGACUCAAGGAAUUUUACAGAAAAAAAAGUCUUUUUUGUCCCCUGCCAGACGGCACGUUUUAUCAGUGACAGCCCCCUUGGCUGUAAUUUGACUAAAUAAACAGAGCCGUGGUGCCUCUUCCACUGGGGGCUCUGGGGAUCAGGGAGAUUAAAACCCUCAGCCCUGAAGAUUUGAGGAAUCUAUCCUGCUCCUCCAAAGGAAGCCAAUUUGGAGACAGUCACUCACACACACCAGUGAAGAGGGACUGAGCACACAUCUGAAGGACAGGCUGCCUUGGGGCCAUGUAUUAGGCCAGACAGGGACCUUACCAGAACAAACACACAUAGUCAUCAGAAGGACUGAUAGAGGAACCAUGGACAUCAUCCUUCUGGUCCUCCUUACAGCCUCUGUUCAGUUGUACCUCUUCGGCGAGGGCCUGGAAAUCACCCCUAACAAUUCAACCAUCAUCCUGGAAGCCAAUUCUAGUGUUUCUAUAACAUGUUCUGGCUGGAGUGAAGUAGUCUGGACAAAAAGAACUUUGUCUCAGCGGGAUCACUCCUUGGUUUUGAUGAAGAACGGUGCCACGUCUAGCACCCUGUAUCUGGGGGAUGUGGCAUGGAACCAGACAGGCGUAUAUGUUUGCAGCGAACCCGCUGUGGAGGAAGCCAGAGAGGUUUCCAUCUUUGUGGCAGACCCCACGGUGUGGUUCAUUCCAAAUGAGCAUGGCAUGGUAACCAAGAUAAAUGAUGUGGGUACUGUUCCCUGCCUUGUCACCAACCCCAAAAUCAACGUUACCCUCUAUGAAAAAUCAGCCGAUACUCCUGUGGUUGGAGAGUACAGCCCAAGUACUGGAUUCACGGCUUUUCUGGAAGACAGAACAUAUUACUGCAAAGGGGAACUUAACGGCGAGGAGAGGAGUUCCCAAAUGUUUUACGUUUUCAGCAUUGUGGCUCCAGAUGUUCUUGAACCCAAAAUCAAGGCCUCGAAGACUGUGCUGAGGCAAGGCGAGCCCCUCAUGGUCAACUGUACUGUAAACGGAGCAGAAAUUGUUUACUUUACAUGGAAUUAUCCACACACAGAGGGCAAGACUAUCGAGCCCCUGACUGACUUCAUGUCCAGCACGAGUAUGCGCUCCUUUCUCAACAUAAGCAGUGCCACCCUGGACAACUCAGGCCAGUACACCUGCCACGUCUAUGAAGGAGUUCAGGAAAACAGUGCCAAUAUCAGCAUGAACAUCACAGUCCUUGAGCAAGGAUUUGUGAAGCUCCACUCGAUAAUCAGCCCGAACGUCUCAGCACAACUGCAGGACAGCGUCCAGUUUAGGGUGCUCAUUGACGCCUACCCCAAGCCCCAGGUGCACUGGACCAACGACCACACCCCACUUAUUGGGGGAACUGUCUCUGUUGAAACUAAACAGCUGCAGGAGACCAGGUACAUCAGCACCUUGACCCUGUUGCGAGUCACGAUGGAACAGAAGGGCCAUUAUACCAUCCAUGCCACCAACGAGGACGACGAACAGGAGAUGAACUUCGAUCUCGACAUCACUGUUCUCCCUCACAUCGUGGAACUGUCGGACUACGACAUUCCCGAAAAGCAUCAUAGCAUUGUGUGUGCAGCAGAGGGCGCACCCCCCCCCAGAAUAAAGUGGUACAGCUGCGACAGCAUGUACAAGUGCAGCAAUCAAACCAACGCAUGGAGGCCGCUGAAGGCCGACCUUGAAAACCUGGACAUCCGGACAAACGUGUCCUACAACGAGACCCGUAAAGUCCACCAGACGCGGAGCGUUCUGACCUUCCUCAAGCUGCAGAAGAUCAUGUCCGUCCGCUGUGAAGCCAGCAACACGCUGGGUGGCCGAGCACGGGACAUAAAGCUCUUUUCAAGCACGUUCUUCUCACAGGUGGCGGUUCUGGCCGCCGUCCUGGCCCUUGUUGUCAUUGCCGUGAUUUCCAUCAUUAUCCUGAUCGCGCUGUGGAGGAAGAAGCCCCGCUAUGAGAUCAGGUGGAAAGUGAUUGAGUCAGUGAGCUCGGAUGGACAUGAAUACAUCUACGUGGACCCUAUGCACCUGCCCUACGAUUCGGCCUGGGAGAUGCCCCGAGAUAGCCUGGUCUUGGGUCGCACACUGGGCUCCGGGGCGUUCGGAAGAGUGGUCGAGGCGACCGCGUACGGCCUUGGCCAUUCUCAGUCCACCAUGAAGGUCGCAGUGAAAAUGCUGAAGUCCACGGCACGCAAGAGUGAAACCCAGGCCCUGAUGUCCGAGCUGAAGAUCAUGAGUCACCUGGGGCCACACCUCAACAUCGUUAACCUGCUGGGGGCGUGUACCAAGCAAGGUCCGAUCUACCUGGUAACUGAGUACUGUCGCUAUGGAGACCUGGUGGACUACCUUCACCGGAACAAGCACACCUUUUUGCAGUACUAUGCGGACAAGAGUCGCCGGGAUGCAGACAUGUGUGCAAACAGCGUAUCAGCGGGUCAGGGAAAAGGCAGGGAAUGUGAUGGAGGCUACAUGGACAUGAGCAAGGAUGACACCAUGGAGUACGUGCCGAUGCAGGAGCUCAACGACAGCAUCAAGUACGCGGACAUACAGCCAUCGCCGUAUGAAACGCAUUACCAGCAGGAUAACUACCAGGGACAAGUGCAGGAGAGGGUAGACGCAGCCUUGGUUAUCAGCGACUCCCCCAUCCUGAGCUACGCGGACCUGGUGGGCUUCAGCUACCAGGUGGCCAAAGGGAUGGAGUUCCUGGCAACCAAAAAUUGCGUUCACCGUGACCUCGCGGCUCGAAACGUCCUGAUCUGCGAGGGGAAACUGGUGAAAAUCUGUGACUUCGGUUUGGCCAGGGACAUCAUGCAUGACUCCAACUACAUCUCCAAGGGCAGUACCUUCCUUCCUCUGAAAUGGAUGGCCCCAGAAAGCAUCUUCCAUAACCUCUAUACCACUCUGAGCGACGUCUGGUCCUAUGGCAUCCUGCUGUGGGAGAUCUUCACCCUGGGAGGAACCCCCUACCCCGACCUCCCCAUGAACGACCUGUUCUACAGCGCGCUGAAGGGGGGUUACAGGAUGGCUAAGCCUUCUCAUGCCACCGACGACAUUUAUGAUGUAAUGCGGAAAUGCUGGGACGAAAAGUUUGAGAAGAGGCCCGAGUUCUCAUUUUUGGUUCACACAAUGGGGAACAUGUUGCCUGACAGCUACAAAAAGAAUUACAGCCAGGUGAACGAGAGUUUCUUAAAGAGCGAUCAUCCUGCCGUGGCACACACUAAACCCAGGCUGUCGAGAACGUCUCUGUCCCCAAGUCAGCCCGCUGUGGCCGUCCGGCAAGAGGCCGAGGGAGAAGAGGCCACAGCUUCCUACAACGAGUACAUCAUCCCCAUCCCGGAUCCCAAACCGGAGGAAGUCUGCGACAAAGGCGAUACUUCCGCUGAAAGCCCCCUGAGCUGUCAGGAUCCCGUGGGGGACGACAGCUAUACAAUCCCUGAAGUAGCCAUCCCAGAGGACACGAAGGACACCGACACGCAGGAGAAGGACCUGACAGAGGGCAAGGCAACCCCAGACGUGGAGGAAAGCUUUCUGUAGCCUCCAUGACCAGUGUCUGUCCCAGAAGCAAAUGCACUGCAAAAUGUAGGCUUGCUUAAAAACAGUUUCUACUGAAACGGCAGAGGGCUACGUUUCCAAAUACUGUCUGCGCAGUGAGGAUGUCUGCAGUUAUGUAGGGCUCUUUAUUUAAAUCUGUCCUUUAAUGUCAGUGUGUAAUUAGAGCUGGUCUUUUAUUUUUUUACACGCUGGCUUUUACUGCAACAACUUACAGAUGCAAACUAUGGUGUCCUUCCAAAUUUUUACCUAGAUUCAUUUGAAGGGCUUAAGGUAAAUGGUUUCCGGGACGUCAAACAAGCCUUUACAGUUGUGAUGAAUUGCAAUUGAAGUGCAAUUCUGCAGGAAAAUAUGGACAAACAGACACAUAAUAUUCACGGCUGUAUAAUAAUACUGAAAUAUUAAAACUAGUGUGAAUUAUUGCAACGUUAUGGAAUGUCAGAGUUUUUCUGACUUUUUUCGCUUGCUCUGUGGUACCCGCUAAUCAAUAUCAUCUAUUGGGCGGGCUGGGCCUGUUCAGGGAAAUCCUAUACAACUACAGAUAUUCCCCAGUAGUAGUAAUAAUAAUAAUAAUAAUAAUAAUAAUAAUAAUAAUGUGCAUACAAGUAUGCCAUUAGUACUUUUAAAUCCAUUAUGCACUACAGGAAUGCAGACAACAGGUCAAAUAUUUGGUCAAAGAGAAUGUACCAAAUGAUCAGUUUUUCAGAGCCAGAGUACAUUACUGAGAAAUUCAGAGUACAUGAAAAAAUUCAUGUAAUAUCAUAAUAUAUAGGGUGAUAUGCUAUAUAAUCAUUGAUUGUAUACUAAGUAGCACAGGAAUGUACAAAACCAUGUGCAUAUUUUAAUUUCUUGUCCUCACAGCCACGUAUUUCAAUAUAAUGUUCACAGGGCUCCCGCUGACAUCAUCCUGUGCUAUUUUGAUCCAUAUCAUUAUUACCUAAUAUUCAAGUAUAUGUUGUGUAUAUAUAUGCAUAGGUAUAUACCUAUAUGGAUUUAGUGGAUUUAGCUAUUUAGCUAAAAUAUCUGGUCUAACCAACCUUUUAGUAAAAUAGCCUCAUAAGCACCAAAUAUACCGUGUUUGUAGAAAAUCUUGUAAGGUUUGAUAUAGUGCCAAAUUUGUACAUUUUAAAUGAAUGUGAAGUGCCUUGGAACAUUGCUCAAUCACUGCCAAAUGUUCAAGAAUUUAGAUUUUUAAUGACAAUGUAAAUAGCACACAAGUAUGUUAUCUUCUACUUUAUGACUUUAUGAUAUGAUUUGUAUAUAAAAGGAUUUUUUAUCAUGUAGCAUGCAGAUCUAUUGUGUUUUUCAUAGCUGUAGUAGUUAAGCCUUAAACAGUAUCCCCGUGAAAAUAUGCAUUGAAAAACUUCGAUUUUUGGGAGGUGCUUUAACAAGCAGUCAGUCAGUAUUAGAAUUGUGUUAGGGGAAAUGCAAUAACUCAAUAACUGUUCCAAAUUUGCACUUUACCGUGUUAUGCAGGGGAUGAGUGACGGAGAUUAUUACUCACAUUAUAGUAUAGUUGUAUAAAGAUAAUUCUCUUGUCACUGGUGGUACUCGGUGUCUGUCUCAUUUAAUAUGCACUUCUGUCUCAUGAAACUCCAACCUUCUCCGGGAUUCACGGUGUUCUCCGCAUCCUCCAUCUGACGGGAGGGCCUCGACCCACUUUUUCGCGGCCCCUGUUGGCAGUGCCAUGACCGUCAGGAAAUAGCAGCUCUGAAAUCCAGUUUGCCAUAAUAAACAUAAGUGUAUGUUUGUUCCCCGGAGAAUAACGCCAAACAGGCUGAGACCCAUGGAAAUAUUUUCUGGCACCUUCUGAAAUUAACAUGGAAUAAUUUACCCAGCAUCGACAGUUUCAUAAGUCGUCUAAACUAAGCAUGCAUCAUUAUUUACCACAAGAUUCUAUUUUUGGUGAUAUUUUACGUUAUGUUACGUUAUACAUUGAAUUUCAUUGUAUUACAUUAAAAACAAUCAAUAUUAUGUUACUUUCAUUUUGACAUGGUAGCUAAUGCAUUGUGCUCCUUUAAGCUGUAUUAUAACAUUUUUGUUAUAUUCUUAACAACACUGCAUCAAUGUAGCAAUAUGACUUCAUAUGUUGUGAAUUAGAAUGUAGUAGAUACAUUCUAAAAACUUGUACUAUUUUUUUUUUCAUUAGUGAGACCAAAAGUGCUUACAGGUAAAUUAAUAUGUUCAUCCGGUAUGUGAGACAAAUGCAAACAUGGCAUUAAAAUACAGAAUAAACAUGUAAUUGCUGAAGUCUGAAGGCUGCGUGUUUACAUGCCAGCAGGGAUGAAGCUGAAAUAUAAAUCUGCCUCUAUUAAUGGACACAAUUCUUAGCUAUAGUUAGCAAGCAGAUUCCUGCAAGCUCAUUUUAAAGAUAUCAGUCCAGUUAUUUCAGGCAGAAUUUUCAUUGGCUCUGCUCAAGGUACUAAAAGUAGGUCAAACACUAGGUAUUUAGCAAACCUGAAUAUGCGUGUUCCAUCCUAUAUUACACAGACAUUCAUAUACGCUGUGGUACCAAAGUCUUUAAAAUGUUUACAGCUGUAUUUUGUAUGUAUUUAGUAUCCUAUGAAUGUUUAAAAAUCAUUAUAAAAAACCUAUAAUAAAUAAUGUUACUAUUA